GUGGCAUUGAAUUCCAGGGUGGAAACAUCAGUUUAAUUGUUUUAGUGACCAGAAAACAAAUUUUGAUAUGCGUCGGCUUACCCAAAAUGAAAGACUUGAGCUGAGGCCACGUCCAACAGCAGUCGGGCCAGAACCAAAUCGACCAAAAAAGAUGGCUGCAUCUAAAGGAAGACAGUUCUUGUUACUCUUAUGGAAAAACUACUUAAUACAAAAACGAAAAAAACUUUUAACAUUUAUCGAGAUUGCCGUACCAGCUUUUUUUGCGAUUCUAUUAAUCGUCAUUCGACAGAUUGUCCUGGCGACAGACUAUCCCGACGUGACGACUUGGAAUCAUUGUGAAAUUGAUCAAAUGCCAUUUGGAAUGUUACCUCGAAAACUAGCAUUUUGUCCGGAUAAUGAAAUCACAAACAGAAUAUUACAAAGUGCAAAAGAAAAACUUGAUUUACAAGAAGUUAUAGGUUUUGGCAGCGAAGAAGAAAUGGUGGAAUUCCUUAUUUUUAGCAACGGCACCGUAGACAACCAUAAUUUAUACAUUGGUGGAAUUGUGUUUGAAGAUUCUUUUAAAGAUGGCGGAAAGAAUUUCACUGAUAGUAUAACUAUGAAGAUUCGACUCAGUGCCACGUCAAGAACAUCUACAAAGAAACGAAACCCGUUUUCCGGCCAAUCGAGUUGGAAGACAAGGUUAAAUUUUCCCGUGUUUCAGAGAGUCGGGCCACGAGAGAAGAAUGAUUCUUGUGGAGGAGAUCCAGGUUACUAUCGAGAAGGGUUUUUAUCAAUCCAACAAGCUGUGAGUCGAGGGAUCGUGGAGGUAUUAGCCGUGAACGAUAAUCAGGAGGAUUUGAACGAUACUAUUAUUAGUUUAAAACGUCAUCCGUAUCCCCCGUAUAAUGAUGAUAACUUUGUUUUGGUUAUUCAACAACAGUUCCCUCUAAUAUUGAUGCUUAGUUUUAUCAUCGUGGCUCUCAGUAUUGUUAAAGAUGUCGUUUAUGAAAAGGAAAGAAAACUCAAGGUAAGUACGUUUUUGGUGUCCACUGACUGCUUAGUUUUAUCAUCGAAUCUAUGA